AAAAUGGAGGUAGACGAAAACGCAACGGAGAGGUGUCGCUGGCUUAGAGUCAACUGGAAAUGGGGGAAAAUUGGGAACACAGACGUCGGUAUAUUCCUGCGCUUCAACCCAGUGGUAACGUUUAUCUCCGCCGGCAUCAUCUGGGGUUUCGUUAUCUGGUGCGCAGUGCAAGCCGAUGUAGCCAACAAAGAGAUGGGCAGUUGGAUGCUGUGGAUUACAGAGGUUUUCACGUGGAUGUACAUUGGUACCCAAGAUGUCUGGGCAGUUUUUAUCGUUGUGCUGUACUUUUCCAAGUAUGGAAAGAUGAAACUUGGAAAACCUGACGACAAACCGGAGUUCAAUGAUCUGACGUACUUUACCAUGCUUUUCGCCGCCGGAGUCGGUAUUGGUCUCUUCUACUUCGGAGUAGGUGAGUCAUUUUGACAGCGGUUUUCUCUCACAAACAUGCGAUUAAUAUUUAACUACGAACACAGCUGAACACGAUGGCAUUAAGACUUUUUCUUCAUCACAAGCAGAGUGCGUACUCACUCGCUCAGUAUAAAUUUCUGCCGCAGGUCAUUUACAAAGGGCUGUGACAAACCUCACCUAGAACCACUGGCAUAAAAAUCUUGUGAAGGAACUUACUUUAUUUCAGUUAAGCUUCAGAUUUGAAAUUGUAACGCAAAAGCCAGAAAGGUAUACAAAUAUUUAAUCAGAAACAUUGUAUAACUCUGUAACUCUGUGUAAGUUUAUAGACCUCCGGAUGCUGCAAACUCCUCGUGGCCCCGCAGGCAAAUGGACCAACGAUCGACAAACUUCGCCCAAUAUCAACAUGUUUUGUUGGCAAUGACGCAGCAAAACAAAACUGAUGCGAAUGACUGUAUUUUACACAAACAAAAUAAGAUCUAAAGAAAGAUAUAACAGAGCUAAAGAAAUUUGGGAGAACAUUGUACAUGACAUAGAGAAAAAAGAAGUCAUUGGAAAGAUUUAGUACUAUAAUGUGCUGUUAAGGUUGGCUAAAAAAAUAUAAAGAACUGUCGACAGUUCAUAAAAGUUAGUAGCUGUUUAGCAUUCCGUGGCUAACCAACAAUAUCACUGUUUAAUCGAGUGUGUAGAAGUCGGCAGUUAAUUUCAUGGUGUCCAAAUAUUUGCAUACUUUUAGGCCGUUACACAGAAUAUCCUAAUUCGUGCAUACGAACGAGUUCACUUUAACUAUACACUACCAAAAGGAAGCAAUUCAUUUUAGUAGUCGCAGAGAAGGAAAUUAAGUUACAAAGUCAAAGCACAUCUUCAAGUUCAGGAAAUUUUACAGGUUAAACUAGGCCACAAGCUCUCAGAGUGUUCAACCAGUUUGGCAACUUAUCAAUAAUUAAGGGCGGUUCAGUCAACCAUAGUCUUGCAGACUGAUUUAUAAAAAUAACAUAAAAGGAAUGAAAAGACAGCGUGAUUGCUGAAAAAUAAACCGAUCUUUAGCGUGAGAGGCUGUAGAACAAUGAAGUGCGAUUUUAAAGGGGAAGGGUGCUUGUAGAAGUGGGCUAAAGUAAUUUUAUAGUUAUACCUUUCUAACACUUAAGCAUCAUCAAUGAAAUGAAUUUAAAGGAGCUGUGCAAUGAAAUUUAUCAAGUUUCAAACAGUAGGAACUGCUACCAAAUUGAGUUGAAACACAAAAAUAGCCCACUCAAAACAUUACAAUAAGGUAUAAAUAACAAGGCACAUACAAAGGAAGGCACGGAACGGAUUACAAUUGUGGGUUUUUGUAGAUUGUAACGUUUCAUAUAACGCUUGAGAGGUAUAUCAGUUGGACAAGCUGUGAUUUUGUCAUUUUGCAAGUAAUUUCUUCGCUAAAAGUUCCAUAGCGCAUUUGGAAAAAUCAACUAAAUAAGUUCUAUAGGGCCAACCUUUGUUACAAAAAAUAGAAUAAAAUCCAGUAAGAAAAAAAAAAAAAAACGGGCAGAAGAACUAAAAAUACACAAGAACAAUGUCUCCGUUGUUUCUUCUGGCUCUCGAUCCUGAUUAACUGCACAACUAAAAUGAUGCGAUAUAUUUAUUCAGCUUUAAAGGCAAGGCUAUGACACACUAUUGCCAGGCUACCUUUGUAAAAGCGAAAACGUGUCUUCGCACCGAUUGAAUUCCAAAAAUAACGGUGCAGUUUUGCUAUGCAAGACCACAUUUCGAUGCUACAGAUGGCAAGGAUGGACAUGGAUUGUUGCAAAACUCAAAAACAUUACCAUGGCUGGUACCCUUUGUUUGAUACAUGAUAUAUAAAAUCUUCUUAACGCUACAAGCGCAUUUUGUGCAAGGUUUCCGUUUAAGGUACUUAGUACUGACUAAAGCACGGAAUUGACCUAAACCAGCAAUAUCCUAAAGACAUAACCCCUUUAAAUAGGCCGAGGAACGAGACAGAGAAAAGCUUCAUACUGUCACGGAUGUGCAGGAAAGUUUCUGACCUAAUCCAUUGAAUAUAUUUUUCGCAAACAUUUCCCUCUGACAGGCCAAUGAUCAAAGCGACUUCCCAGAGAGCGCUUCAGUAUUUCUCUCUAGUUAUCCUUCUAACCCUGACUCUCUCUCUUUUCAGCUGAACCGAUAUGGCACUAUGAACCUGGCAAAAACGGGAAUCGCUACUUGGAUAGGUAAAUAUUAACAUUCUGCAUGUAGUACGCACCAUUGAGAAUAGACGAUACUCUACUCUUACAUGAUUAGACUUAGUUUCAAAAAUCCGGACUUUAUUUCAGUUUUAUUUGAGCUUCGGGACAGGUUUUCUACAAAUUUCAAGAGAUUUUUUGGGAUUCUGGUGAAUACUUUCCACGUUUUUAUGUUUAUUUGUAAUAAAAAGACUGAAAUUUGGAACAUUUUUAAGAUUUUAUGUUUCUUUGAUACAAAAACCCUUAGCUUCGAAAAGUUUCAUCACAAGCGAUCCUGGAGCCUUUGUCUGCAAAGUGUUGAUGUAAGCUCUUGGUGAAUCAAGCAUUCCUUACAUCUCUGUCAAUCAGUCAAAAUGGCAAAAUUGUCACCACAAGUCACCCACUCCUUCAAGGGAUUUCUAGAAAAAAUUGAAUCGAAUUUUUGGAAAGAUUUUUCGGCCAUUUUUCGUGAUGUUUUGAAGCUAUUAAAGUUCACUCUUCACUAAAGAUAAUCUCAAGAUUAUACGCCACACGCCUCGGGCCCAUCAAUAAAUCUCUAAGCAUCAAACCAACUACUGCAGUUUGUGUAUUUUUAUUCUGAUGAGGGACAUUUUGAACACUUUUUGAAACGUUUUCUCCACAAACAACCCUUCUGAGUCCACUACCAACUCUAGAAAUUCGUUUUUUUCUCUCUUUGCGUUUAAAUUUCAGAUACUCCGACAAUCAGCGAGCCCAGGAUGCCAUCAACGUGACACUGUUCCACUGGGGAAUUCACGGAUGGAUUGUCUACGUAGUGGUUGGCCUCCUUCUUGCCUUUGUAGGUUAUAGAAAAGGCCUUCCCAUGACCGUUCGCUCCUGCUUUUACCCUCUGAUCGGUGACAAGAUCUACGGAUGGAUGGGCGAUGCUGUAGAUAUCUUUUCUGUGGUGUGUACUAUGUUUGGCGUAUGCACCAGUCUUGGUGUUGGAGUCAUGCAAAUGAAUGGUGGCUUCAAGCGUCUAAAUCCGUCGAUUGAUUACUCGGUCAAAAACCAGAUCAUCAUCAUUUGGGCCGUGACGGCGUGUGCCACAGCUUCAGUGGUGAGCGGCUUGAAGAUUGGAAUCCGCCGACUUAGCGAGAUCUGUUUCAGCCUGGGCAUGUUCAUCAUGAUGAUUGGCAUUUUUGCUGAUAACACCUGGCAUGCAUUGAAUGUUUAUGUGCAGAGCAUCGGAUACUACAUUCAGUGGAUCAUCCAGAUUGGUUUUCACACGGAUGCAUUCGCACAAUUGGGAAAUGCACCAGACGGGAAGCAGGCUCAGCGAUGGAUGAAUGACUGGACAAUCUUCUACUGGGGAUGGUGGAUAGCCUGGUCUCCGUUUGUCGGCAUGUUCAUUGCCAAGAUCUCUAAGGGAAGAACCAUCCGACAGUUCAUCCACGGCACAAUGACAGCACCCAUAGUUUACGCAUUCCUGUGGUUUUGUAUUUUUGGAAGUGCCGGCUUGAAAAUGGAGCGAGAUGCUGCCGUUGCCAACAUCACCUGCGAGUCCAUUCUGGGAGGGGCAACUUCGACAAAGUCAUACAAUGGCCUGUACCGUUUAUCCUGCAGAGGGAAGAACGACAUGUGGUUUGAUGUCAUGGAGCAGUACGGCGACCUUGGGAGAUUCCUACAAGUGAUCUCACUCAUCAGUAUCAUUCUUUAUUUCGUCACCAGUUCUGAUAGUGGUUCCCUCGUCAUCGACUGUCUGUCAGCCAAUGGCGACCCAGAACCUCCUGUCUCGCAGCGAGUCUUCUGGGCACUGACAGAGGGCGCUACAGCAACGGCUCUUCUAAAUGCUGGGGGCGAAGAGGGACUUGUAGCACUACAGUCUAUGUCAAUUGCUUCCGGAGUUCCCUACACCAUAUUGUUGUGCAUGAUGUGUGUGGCGUUGUGGCGAGCAGUGAAGAUGGAAGCAGGUGACCUUGAUCCACAUGGCCCACAGUUCACUACCGGUCUUUUAGAUGUCUUAAGCAGCCCAAAUAAAAGUAUGGUCGGGAAAGUCCUCUUGGCCGUUAUUGCACCAUGGUACUCAAUGGGAAAUGCUGCCUACAAACUUGGUGGUAUGAAGAAUAGUCGAUGGGUAUACUGGCUGAUAUCAGCAUUUCCCUUUUACCUAUGGAUCAUUCUGAUGACACUGGAACCCGUGGUAGAUGCCAUAUCCUAUGUUGCUUGGACUGUGCUUUUCAUAUUUUUCGCCUACGGAACAUCCAUCCGGUAUAGCAUGCGCCUAAAGUACAACAUCUAUGGCAACGCAGCGGAGGAUUUCUUCGCAGUGAUGCUCUUGUACCCGUUUGCAGCCUUCCAGAUGGAACACCACAUGGAACACGACUACGAUUUAGCCAAACGCAACUACCACGCAGAGCCGCCAGUGAAUCACCACUAUGCUGUGGACGGCAAAAGGCACCUACCGGAAAAUGGAUAUGGAACGCCAACAAUAUCCAUGCACGAUCUCUCUUCGCGUGGCGGUCAUUUAAACCCUGGAGCGGAUGGUGAUAUCACCACGUCAGGAGAUUCGUACUGGAAGAAAACUGAAAUCAUUUAAGCUAAAAGAUUUAGGGAUUGUAGUUAAUUUUGGUAUCCAGAACUUAUUUACUGGCUGGGUUAAUUUUAUAAUCGAAAUUUGUUUAGGAUACAAG